AUGCAGAAGCACAGAAUGUGCCAGUAUGGAAAGCUGAUCCAGAAAGGAAAGUCGGCAAGCACGAACAAUCCCCUGGAAAUCAAAUGGUCUACCGAACAACAGAAAUGCAAUUGGACCCCGAAUGUAGCCGCCGGAUUGCCGGAAUGGAUGGUAGUGGCCAUUCUCCUGGUCAACACGGCCGUUUAUGUGCAGCAAAAGGCAGCAUUCGGCAUGAGCGCACCCUUCAUGAAAAAUAUUGGAAACGGCAACGGAAACCAGCAUGCUCUACCUGGUACUACCGGUGGGCAACGUGAUCGGCGCACUGCUGCGCACCCCUUUAACGACGACAUAUGGAUGCAAGAAAGCGUUGAUCGCGUGUGCGCGUGCAGUGGCCGCCGCUUUGACAGGGGUCAGCCGGAAGGUGGUGAAGCCGGCAAGAAAUCUGGGGUCAAGGCGUUCAUCCUUGAACUCACCGCAUCGAUAUGUAAACACCUCAACAGGAUACGCCCUGGAAACGAUGAUCCGCCGAUAUCGCCCAUGCAAGACGAGGCCGACCAAGCUAGCCCAACUCAUCAGAACCCUACAUUCCAACCGAGACUGUCCAGCGCCGAUGGACACGUCCCCUCACUGGACUCGAUGCUGUCCGCCAGCGAGUGGUUACUCUUCAGCAUCAGAUUGAUUCUAUGGCCGCUUCCGUCCCCGACAGAGCUUGUCGCAGUGUCAAACCGCCCUCCGGCCUCUUCAGUCGAUGAUGAUCGU